AUGGUGCGCAUGAACGUUCUGGCAGAUUGUCUGAAGACCCUCGUCAACGCUGAGAAGCGUGGACGCAGGCAGGUCCUGAUCCGGCCUUCUUCCAAGGUCAUCAUCAAGUUCCUCCAGUGCAUGCAGAGGAGAGGAUACAUCGGCGACUUCGAGAUUGUGGAUGACCACCGAGCGGGCAAAAUCGUCAUCGAGCUCCUCGGCAGAAUCAACAAGUGUGGUGUAAUCUCCCCCAGAUUUGACGUGCAGGUCGACAAGAUCGAGCAGUUCUGCUCUAACUUGCUGCCCUCUCGUCAGUUUGGUCACUUGGUGCUGACGACUGCGUACGGCAUCAUGGACCACGAGGAGGCCCGCCGCAAGCACACCGGAGGCAAGAUCUUGGGCUACUUCUUCUAA